UCUCUCCUUUGAAUAACUCCUCAAUCUUUCGUUAAAUCCAACUUGAAAAAGCCCCUGAAAUUUCCCAAUUUCGAAACCCUAAAAACCACGAUCUGUCCUUCCCCUCCUUUUAAAACCUAACCGUACGAAUCCUUCAGAGAGCUCCAUUAUUUGUCUCUCUCCAAACACCGAUGGGUUCAUCUCCUGCCCAAGGCGAUGCUCUGGGGAGACUUGAAUACCUCUCCCUCGUCUCCAAGGUAAGCUCCGAGCUCGAGAGCCAUGUAGGGUUUUCCGACAAGGUUUUGGCGGAAUUCAUCACCGAUAUGGGUCGCCACUCCGAGACCGUUGAUGAAUUCGAUGCCAAGCUGAAAGAAAACGGUGCCGAGUUACCCGAUUACUUUGUCCGUACGCUUCUUACCAUCAUCCACGCUAUUCUGCCACCAAAGCCCAAGGCUGAGAAGGAAUCCAAGAAGGAGAACGCAGCUGAUGGUAAGAAGUCUAAAUUUAAAGCUUUAGCAAUUGCAGAUGAUAAAGAUAGAGCAAAAGAACUAGAGAAGGAAAUUGUGAUGGAGGCUCAAGACAGAAGAAAAGUAGAGGAUAGAGAUAGAGAUAGAGAUGGGGAAAGAGACAGAGGCAGGGAUCGAAGGGAUAAGGAUAGAGAUAGGGGUAGGGAUAGAGAUAGAGAUAGGGGUAGGCAUAGAGAUAGAGAUAGAGAGGCUGGUGAUGAUGAUAGGAGGGAUUAUGGCAGUCGGGGAAGAAAUAGGGAUCGAACCCGAGACAAUAGAGACAGUGAUGAUGAUAACAGGGAUUAUAGGAGCAGGGGCAGGACCAGGGACCAUGAUAAUAUGGAAGGUGAGGAAGGAGGGGGUAGGAGAGGUAAUGGUACGUAUAAGGAUAAUGAGCCUGAGUUAUAUAAGGUAUACAAGGGGAGAAUUUCCAGGGUGAUGGAUUCAGGUUGUUUUGUGCAAUUGAAUGAGUUGAGGGGAAAGGAGGGUUUGGUUCAUGUUUCCCAGAUGGCUACUAGGAGGAUUGCCAAUGCUAAAGAUGUUGUGAAACGGGAUCAGGAGGUUUAUGUGAAAGUAAUUUCAGUUUCAGGUCAGAAGUUGAGUUUGUCUAUGAGAGAUGUUGAUCAGAAUACUGGUAAGGAUUUGCUGCCAUUGAAGAAGACUUCGGAUGAUGAUGCUUUUAGGACAAAUCCUUCAGGGGGAAAAGAGGGACGUGUGAUGAGAACUGGCCUUUCAGGGAUUAGGAUUUUGGAGGACGAGGAUGUUGCCCCAUCGCGCAGGCCAUUGAAGAGAAUGAGUUCACCAGAGAUAUGGGAAGCCAAACAGUUGAUGGCUUCUGGUGUUCUGAGAGUAGAUGAGCAUCCCAUGUAUGAUGAGGACGGAGAUGGAAUGCUUUAUGAAGAAGAGGGUGCUGAGGAGGAGCUUGAGAUCGAAAUAAAUGAGGACGAACCUGCCUUUUUGCAAGGGCAGACUAGGUAUUCUGUGGAUCUCUCCCCAGUAAAAAUAUUCAAGAAUCCAGAAGGUUCCCUUAGUCGUGCUGCUGCUCUUCAAUCUGCACUUAUUAAGGAACGGAGAGAAGUCCGGGAGCAGCAGCAGAGAACAAUGCUUGAUUCAAUUCCCAAGGAUCUGAAUCGUCCCUGGGAAGACCCAAUGCCAGAGACUGGUGAGAGGCAUCUUGCACAGGAGCUGAGAGGUGUUGGAUUGUCAGCAUAUGAUAUGCCUGAAUGGAAGAAGGAUGCUUAUGGAAAAGCUUUGACUUUUGGGCAGAGAUCUAAACUUUCCAUCCAAGAGCAGAGGCAGAGCUUGCCAAUUUAUAAACUGAAAAAGGAGCUGGUUCAGGCUGUGCAUGAUAAUCAGGCUCUGGUGGUCAUUGGUGAGACUGGGUCUGGUAAGACUACCCAGGUAACCCAAUAUCUUGCCGAGGCUGGUUACACUACUAGGGGUAAGAUUGGGUGUACACAACCUCGAAGAGUGGCUGCAAUGUCUGUGGCGAAGAGGGUAGCUGAGGAAUUUGGUUGUCGAUUAGGGGAGGAAGUUGGCUAUGCUAUUAGAUUUGAAGAUUGUACUGGACCAGAUACCGUCAUAAAAUAUAUGACUGAUGGUAUGCUUCUUAGGGAAAUUCUGAUUGAUGAGGAUCUUUCUCAAUACUCGGUCAUUAUGCUUGAUGAAGCUCAUGAGCGUACGAUUCACACUGAUGUUCUGUUUGGGUUGCUGAAGCAACUUCUGAAGCGGAGAGCUGAUCUUCGUCUGAUUGUUACAUCGGCUACAUUGGACGCAGAGAAGUUUUCAGGGUAUUUCUUUGACUGCAGUAUUUUCAGUAUUCCUGGGAGAACAUUUCCUGUGGAGAUACUCUAUACAAAACAACCUGAGAGUGACUACCUUGAUGCUGCCCUUAUAACAGUCCUACAGAUACAUUUGACUGAACCUGAAGGUGACAUUCUCGUUUUCUUGACUGGUCAGGAGGAAAUUGAUUUUGCAUGCCAAUCACUUUAUGAGAGGAUGAAAGGACUAGGUAAAAAUGUUCCUGAAUUGAUCAUUUUACCAGUUUAUAGUGCCCUCCCUAGUGAGAUGCAGUCUAGGAUUUUUGAUCCUGCCCCUCCUGGGAAAAGGAAGGUCGUAGUGGCGACCAAUAUUGCUGAGGCUUCCUUGACUAUAGAUGGAAUAUUUUAUGUGGUCGAUCCUGGUUUUGCUAAGCAAAACGUUUAUAAUCCAAAGCAAGGGCUUGAUUCCCUUGUCAUAACACCAAUUUCACAAGCUUCAGCAAAGCAACGAGCUGGGCGUGCUGGGCGUACUGGACCUGGAAAAUGCUACCGCUUGUACACGGAGAGUGCAUAUCGAAAUGAGAUGUCUCCUACAUCAAUUCCAGAGAUACAAAGGAUUAAUCUUGGCAUGACAACACUAACAAUGAAGGCCAUGGGCAUAAAUGAUCUCCUUUCUUUUGAUUUUAUGGAUCCACCUGCACCUCAAGCUCUCCUUUCUGCCAUGGAGCAAUUAUACAGUCUUGGAGCUCUAGAUGAGGAGGGGCUUUUAACUAAAUUGGGUAGGAAAAUGGCUGAAUUUCCUCUUGAUCCACCUCUAUCAAAGAUGUUACUGGCCAGUGUGGACCUUGGCUGUAGUGAUGAGAUAUUGACAAUUAUUGCAAUGAUCCAAACUGGUAACAUCUUCUACAGACCAAGGGAAAAGCAAGCUCAAGCUGAUCAGAAGAGGGCCAAGUUUUUCCAGCCCGAGGGAGACCAUUUGACUCUACUUGCUGUAUAUGAGGCUUGGAAAGCUAAGAACUUUUCAGGGCCUUGGUGUUUUGAAAAUUUUGUUCAGUCUCGAUCUUUACGGAGGGCACAAGAUGUUAGAAAACAACUUCUCAGCAUCAUGGACAAGUACAAACUGGAUGUAGUGAGUGCAGGAAAGAAUUUUACAAAGAUCAGGAAAGCAAUCACAGCAGGGUUCUUCUUCCAUGCAGCAAGGAAGGACCCACAGGAGGGAUAUAGAACUGUGGUGGAGAACCAGCCUGUUUAUAUUCACCCAAGUAGUGCCCUUUUCCAGAGACAACCGGACUGGGUGAUCUACCAUGAGCUGGUAAUGACUACAAAGGAGUACAUGCGAGAGGUGACAGUGAUAGACCCGAAAUGGCUGGUUGAACUUGCUCCUAGAUUCUUCAAACAGGCAGAUCCCACAAAAAUGAGCAAGCGCAAGCGCCAAGAACGCAUUGAGCCUCUUUAUGAUAGAUAUCACGAACCUAAUUCUUGGCGUCUCAGUAAACGACGAGCCUGAUCUGCGUGCAUUACCUUUAGCCG